GCCGCCCAAGCGCCUGCCCUCGAAGCCCCGCGGCCGCCGGCUCCGCGGCUGCGGCCGCUGCGCCCCGCGCCCUCGCCCCCCGGGCGCCGGGCAGCCUUCGGCCCCGGGCUUCGCCGGCUCCCGGCUGCCCUCGGACGCCCUCCCCCAGUCAUGAACCCCCCGGAGGGAGCAGCGGAGGAAGGAGGAGCAGCCGACUCAGACGUGGACGCCUUCUUCCGGACAGGAUCUUUUCGGAAUGAUGGUUUGAAAGCUUCUGAUGUCCUUCCCAUCCUAAAGGAAAAAGUGGCCUUCGUGUCUGGGGGCCGUGACAAGCGAGGUGGACCCAUUCUGACCUUCCCUGCUCGCAGCAAUCAUGACAGAAUAAGACAGGAAGACCUGCGGAAACUUGUGACAUAUUUGGCCAGUGUGCCAAGUGAGGACGUGUGCAAACGUGGCUUCACUGUCAUCAUCGACAUGCGGGGCUCCAAGUGGGACCUCAUCAAGCCCCUCCUCAAAACACUGCAGGAAGCCUUUCCAGCCGAGAUCCAUGUGGCCCUCAUCAUCAAACCUGACAACUUCUGGCAGAAACAGAAGACCAACUUUGGCAGCUCCAAAUUCAUCUUUGAGACGAGCAUGGUGUCUGUGGAGGGCCUCACGAAGCUGGUGGACCCCUCCCAGCUGACAGAGGAGUUUGACGGCUCCCUGGACUACAAUCACGAUGAGUGGAUCGAGCUGCGUCUCUCCCUGGAGGAGUUCUUCAACAGUGCCGUGCACCUGCUCUCGCGCCUCGAGGACCUGCAGGAGAUGCUGGCCCGGAAAGAGUUCCCCGUGGACGUGGAGGGCUCUCGGCGGCUCAUUGAUGAGCACACGCAGCUCAAGAAAAAGGUGCUGAAGGCCCCUGUGGAGGAGCUGGACCGGGAAGGACAAAGGCUGCUGCAGUGCAUCCGCUGCAGCGAUGGCUUCUCAGGGCGCAACUGCAUCCCAGGCAGUGCUGACUUCCAGAGCCUGGUGCCCAAGAUCACCAGCCUCCUGGACAAGCUGCACUCCACCCGGCAACACCUUCAUCAGAUGUGGCACGUGCGCAAGCUCAAGCUGGACCAGUGCUUUCAGCUGCGGCUCUUUGAGCAGGAUGCUGAGAAGAUGUUCGACUGGAUAAGCCACAACAAGGAGUUGUUCCUCCAGAGCCACACGGAGAUUGGAGUCAGCUACCAGCAUGCCCUAGACCUCCAGACGCAGCACAACCACUUCGCCAUGAACUCCAUGAAUGCCUACGUCAACAUCAACCGCAUCAUGUCUGUGGCUUCCCGCCUAUCUGAGGCCGGCCAUUAUGCCUCACAGCAAAUCAAGCAGAUCUCCACCCAGCUGGACCAGGAGUGGAAGAGCUUUGCUGCUGCCCUAGAUGAGCGCAGCACCAUCCUCGCCAUGUCUGCCGUCUUCCACCAGAAGGCCGAGCAGUUCCUGUCGGGAGUGGAUGCCUGGUGCAAGAUGUGCAGUGAAGGUGGUCUGCCAUCCGAGAUGCAGGACCUGGAGCUGGCAAUCCACCACCACCAGUCCUUGUAUGAGCAGGUGACCCAGGCCUACACGGAGGUCAGCCAGGAUGGCAAAGCACUGCUGGAUGUGCUGCAGCGUCCCCUCAGUCCCGGGAACUCCGAGUCGCUCACGGCUACAGCCAACUACUCCAAGGCUGUGCACCAGGUGCUGGAUGUGGUGCAUGAAGUGCUGCACCACCAGCGACGGCUCGAGAGCAUCUGGCAGCACCGCAAGGUGCGGCUCCACCAGCGGUUACAGCUCUGCGUCUUUCAGCAGGAUGUGCAGCAGGUAUUGGACUGGAUUGAAAACCAUGGCGAGGCCUUUCUCAGCAAACACACUGGGGUUGGGAAGUCCCUACAUCGAGCCCGGGCCCUGCAGAAGAGGCACGAUGACUUUGAAGAGGUGGCUCAGAAUACCUACACGAAUGCGGACAAGCUUCUAGAAGCAGCAGAGCAGUUGGCUCAGACUGGGGAAUGUGACCCAGAGGAGAUCUACAAGGCAGCUCGGCACCUGGAGGUGCGCACCCAAGACUUCGUGCGCAGGGUGGAGCAGCGGAAGCUCCUCCUGGACAUGUCUGUCUCCUUUCACACGCACACCAAAGAGUUGUGGACAUGGAUGGAAGAUCUUCAGAAGGAGAUGCUGGAGGAUGUCUGUGCAGACUCUGUGGAUGCCGUCCAGGAACUGAUCAAGCAGUUCCAGCAGCAGCAGACCGCCACCCUAGAUGCCACACUCAAUGUCAUCAAGGAAGGCGAAGACCUUAUCCAGCAGCUCAGGUCAGCGCCUCCCUCCCUGGGGGAGCCCAGCGAGGCCAGGGACUCAGCGGUGUCCAACAACAAGACGCCCCACAGUAGCUCCAUCAGCCACAUCGAGUCUGUCCUGCAGCAGCUUGACGAUGCCCAGGUGCAGAUGGAAGAGCUGUUCCAUGAGCGGAAGAUCAAGCUGGACAUCUUCCUGCAGCUGCGCAUCUUUGAGCAAUACACCAUAGAGGUGACAGCAGAGCUAGACGCCUGGAAUGAGGACCUUCUCCGGCAGAUGAAUGACUUCAACACAGAGGAUCUGACCCUGGCAGAGCAGCGGCUGCAGCGCCACACAGAGCGGAAGCUAGCCAUGAACAACAUGACCUUUGAGGUCAUCCAGCAGGGCCAGGACCUGCACCAGUACAUCAUGGAGGUCCAGGCCUCAGGAAUUGAGUUGAUCUGUGAAAAAGACAUUGAUCUGGCAGCCCAGGUACAAGAGCUACUGGAGUUUCUCCAUGAGAAGCAGCAUGAGUUGGAGCUCAACGCGGAGCAGACCCAUAAGCGGCUAGAGCAGUGCCUGCAGCUUCGGCACCUGCAGGCCGAGGUGAAACAGGUCCUGGGAUGGAUCCGCAAUGGAGAGUCAAUGCUCAAUGCCAGCCUGGUCAAUGCCAGCUCUUUGUCUGAAGCAGAGCAGCUGCAGCGGGAACACGAGCAGUUCCAGUUGGCCAUCGAGUCCCUCUUUCAUGCCACUUCCUUGCAGAAAACGCACCAGAGCGCCCUGCAGGUACAGCAGAAAGCUGAGGCACUGCUCCAGGCUGGCCACUACGAUGCCGACGCCAUCCGGGAAUGUGCCGAGAAGGUGGCCCUGCACUGGCAGCAGCUCAUGCUGAAGAUGGAAGACCGGCUAAAACUGGUCAACGCCUCUGUGGCCUUUUACAAAACUUCUGAACAGGUGUGUAGUGUCCUGGAGAGCUUAGAACAAGAAUACCGGAGAGAUGAGGACUGGUGUGGUGGUCGAGAUAAACUGGGGCCUGCAGCAGAGAUUGACCAUGUCAUUCCACUCAUCAGCAAACAUUUGGAACAAAAGGAGGCCUUCCUUAAGGCCUGUACCCUUGCACGGCGGAAUGCUGAGGUGUUUCUGAAGUACAUCCACAGGAAUAACGUCAGCAUGCCUAGUGUCGCCAGCCACACUCGGGGACCCGAACAACAAGUGAAAGCCAUCUUGAGCGAGCUCUUACAGAGGGAGAAUCGCGUCCUGCACUUCUGGACCUUGAAGAAGCGGCGGUUAGACCAAUGCCAGCAAUAUGUGGUGUUUGAGCGCAGUGCUAAGCAGGCACUGGACUGGAUCCAAGAAACAGGUGAAUUUUACCUCUCAACACAUACCUCCACUGGAGAGACCACAGAGGAAACUCAGGAACUGCUGAAAGAAUAUGGGGAAUUCAGGGUGCCUGCCAAGCAAACAAAGGAGAAGGUGAAGCUUCUGAUUCAGCUGGCUGACAGCUUUGUGGAGAAAGGCCACAUUCAUGCCACGGAGAUAAGGAAAUGGGUGACCACGGUGGACAAGCACUACAGAGACUUCUCCUUGAGGAUGGGGAAGUACCGGUACUCCCUGGAGAAAGCCCUAGGAGUCAACACAGAGGAUAACAAGGACCUGGAGCUGGACAUCAUCCCAGCAAGCCUUUCAGAUCGUGAGGUCAAGCUGCGGGAUGCCACCCACGAAGUCAACGAAGAGAAGCGGAAGUCAGCCCGGAAGAAAGAAUUCAUUAUGGCUGAACUACUCCAGACAGAGAAGGCUUAUGUGAGGGACUUACAUGAGUGCUUGGAGACCUACCUGUGGGAAAUGACCAGUGGUGUGGAGGAGAUCCCACCUGGGAUCCUCAAUAAAGAGCAUAUCAUCUUUGGCAACAUCCAGGAGAUCUACGAUUUCCAUAACAACAUCUUCCUCAAAGAGCUGGAGAAGUAUGAGCAGCUGCCUGAGGAUGUGGGACACUGCUUUGUGACCUGGGCAGACAAAUUUCAGAUGUAUGUCACCUACUGUAAAAACAAGCCUGAUUCCAACCAGCUUAUCCUGGAGCAUGCGGGCACCUUCUUUGAUGAGAUACAGCAGCGGCACGGUCUGGCCAACUCCAUCUCUUCCUACCUAAUUAAGCCAGUCCAGAGGAUCACCAAGUACCAGCUGCUCCUGAAGGAACUUUUAACUUGCUGUGAAGAAGGGAAAGGAGAGCUCAAGGAUGGCUUGGAAGUGAUGCUCAGUGUCCCAAAGAAGGCCAAUGACGCCAUGCAUGUCAGCAUGCUGGAAGGGUUCGACGAGAACUUGGACGUGCAGGGGGAGUUGAUUCUUCAGGAUGCCUUUCAAGUGUGGGACCCAAAGUCCCUGAUCCGGAAGGGGCGGGAGCGGCACUUGUUCCUCUUUGAGAUCUCCUUGGUGUUUAGCAAGGAGAUCAAAGACUCUUCAGGACACACGAAAUAUGUUUACAAGAACAAGCUACUGACCUCAGAGCUGGGUGUGACCGAGCACGUGGAGGGUGACCCCUGCAAAUUCGCCUUGUGGUCUGGGCGCACCCCAUCCUCAGACAAUAAAACAGUGCUGAAAGCCUCCAAUAUCGAAACCAAGCAGGAGUGGAUCAAGAACAUUCGAGAAGUGAUUCAGGAAAGGAUCAUUCAUCUGAAAGGAGCUUUAAAGGAGCCAAUUCAGCUCCCCAAAACACCAGCCAAACAGAGGAACAAUAGUAAGAGGGAUGGAGUGGAGGAUAUUGACAGCCAGGGAGAUGGAAGCAGCCAGCCAGACACCAUCUCCAUAGCCUCUAGGACUUCCCAGAACACAGUGGACAGUGACAAGCUCUCUGGUGGAUGUGAGUUGACCGUAGUCCUCCAGGACUUCAACGCGGGCCAUAGCAGUGAGCUGACCAUCCAGGUGGGGCAGACAGUGGAGCUGCUGGAGCGACCCAGUGAGCGGCCUGGCUGGUGUCUGGUCCGCACCACAGAACGGAGCCCACCCCAGGAGGGCCUGGUCCCCAGCAGUGCGCUGUGCGUCUCGCAUUCCCGGAGCAGCGUGGAGAUGGACUGCUUCUUCCCCUUGGUCAAAGAUGCAUACUCUCAUUCCUCAAGUGAAAACGGAGGCAAGUCCGAGUCAGUGGCCAAUCUGCAGGCCCAGCCCUCCCUGAAUUCUAUCCACAGUUCUCCUGGUCCCAAGCGCUCCACCAAUACCCUUAAAAAGUGGCUGACGAGUCCCGUGCGUCGGCUCAACAGUGGGAAAGCAGAUGGGAACAUCAAAAAGCAGAAGAAAGUACGAGAUGGUCGGAAGAGCUUCGACCUGGGAUCUCCCAAGCCUGGGGAUGAGACGACCCCUCAGGGAGACAGCGCUGAUGAGAAGAGCAAGAAAGGUUGGGGUGAAGAUGAGCCAGAUGAAGAGUCACACACCCCUCUCCCUCCGCCUAUGAAGAUUUUUGACAAUGACCCCACACAGGAUGAAAUGUCCUCCUCUUUGCUAGCAGCCCGGCAGGCUUCCACUGAAGUACCUACUGCUGCAGACCUUGUCAGUGCAAUAGAAAAGUUGGUCAAAAGCAAGCUGAGUCUAGAAGGAGGUUCAUACCGGGGGAGCAUGAAGGACCCUGCAGGCUGCCUGAAUGAGGGGAUGGCUCCCCCCACACCUCCUAGAAACUUGGAAGAAGAACAGAAAGCCAAAGCCCUGCGAGGCAGGAUGUUUGUCUUGAAUGAGCUGGUGCAGACGGAGAAAGACUAUGUCAAGGACCUGGGGAUUGUGGUGGAGGGCUUCAUGAAGAGAAUAGAAGAAAAGGGUGUCCCUGAGGAUAUGAGAGGAAAGGACAAAAUCGUGUUUGGAAACAUUCAUCAGAUUUACGACUGGCAUAAGGAUUUUUUCCUCGCUGAACUGGAAAAGUGCAUCCAGGAGCAAGACAGAUUGGCGCAGCUCUUCAUUAAGCACGAGCGGAAGCUGCAUAUCUACGUGUGGUACUGCCAGAAUAAGCCACGCUCCGAGUACAUCGUUGCCGAGUAUGACACCUACUUUGAGGAGGUAAAACAGGAGAUAAAUCAAAGGCUGACACUUAGCGACUUCCUCAUUAAGCCCAUUCAGAGAAUAACAAAAUACCAGUUACUCCUCAAGGACUUCCUGAGAUAUAGUGAGAAGGCUGGUUUGGAGUGUUCCGAUAUUGAGAAAGCAGUGGAGUUAAUGUGCCUUGUUCCCAAACGAUGCAAUGACAUGAUGAAUCUCGGACGCUUGCAGGGCUUUGAGGGCACCCUGACUGCUCAGGGGAAGCUGCUGCAGCAGGACACGUUCUACGUGAUCGAGCUGGAUGCAGGCAUGCAGUCCCGGACCAAGGAGAGGCGCGUGUUCCUCUUUGAGCAGAUCGUCAUCUUCAGUGAACUGCUUAGGAAGGGCUCCCUCACCCCAGGCUACAUGUUCAAAAGGAGCAUCAAGAUGAAUUACUUGGUCCUGGAGGAGAACGUGGACAGCGACCCCUGCAAGUUUGCACUUAUGAACAGAGAGACUUCUGAGAGGGUCAUUCUGCAAGCUGCCAACGCUGACAUCCAACAGGCCUGGGUGCAGGACAUCAAUCAAGUCCUAGAAACACAACGAGACUUCUUAAAUGCACUACAGUCACCCAUUGAGUACCAGCGCAAAGAAAGGAGCACAGCCGUGAUGAGAUCUCAACCUGCAAGAGUUCCCCAAGCGAGCCCUAGGCCCUACUCCUCUGUCCCCGUGGGCUCUGAGAAGCCCCCAAAGGGCUCCACCUAUAACCCACCUCUGCCACCCCUGAAGAUAUCUACCUCCAAUGGCAGUCCGGGGUUUGACUACCACCAGCCUGGGGACAAGUUGGAAGCCAGCAAGCAGAAUGACCUGGGAGGCUGCAAUGGGACCUCUUCCAUGGCUGUCAUCAAAGAUUACUAUGCACUGAAAGAGAAUGAAAUCUGUGUGAGCCAAGGUGAGGUGGUCCAGGUCCUCGCCGUCAACCAGCAGAACAUGUGCCUGGUGUACCAGCCUGCUAGUGAUCACUCCCCCGCAGCCGAGGGCUGGGUCCCAGGCAGCAUCCUGGCGCCCCUCACCAAAGCCAUGGCAGCAGCAGAAAAUAGUGACGGGAGCAUCAAGAAGUCAUGUUCAUGGCAUACUCUACGCAUGAGAAAGCGGGCAGAAGUGGAGAACACGGGUAAAAAUGAAGCCACAGGGCCUCGUAAACCCAAGGAUAUUCUGGGCAACAAAGUCUCUGUUAAAGAGACCAACAGUUCCGAGGAGUCAGAGUGUGAUGAUCUUGACCCUAAUACUAGCAUGGAGAUUUUAAAUCCAAAUUUCAUCCAAGAAGUGGCCCCAGAGUUCCUUGUGCCCUUAGUGGAUGUGACUUGUUUGCUUGGGGACACUGUGAUACUACAAUGCAAGGUCUGUGGGCGGCCAAAGCCAACCAUCACCUGGAAGGGCCCAGACCAGAACCUCCUUGACACUGACAACAGCUCAGCCACCUACACCGUGUCCUCUUGUGAUUCUGGGGAAAUCACCCUGAAGAUCUGCAAUCUGAUGCCCCAGGACAGCGGGAUUUACACCUGCAUCGCAACGAACGACCACGGGACCACAUCCACAUCUGCUACGGUUAAAGUGCAAGGUGUCCCGGCAGCACCUAACCGCCCCAUUGCCCAGGAGAGAAGCCGCACCUCUGUGAUUCUGCGCUGGCUACCCCCAUCCAGCACAGGGAACUGCACUAUUUCUGGUUACACCGUGGAGUACAGAGAAGAAGGUUCUCAGAUCUGGCAGCAGUCGGUAGCGUCAACCUUGGACACUUAUCUCGUCAUUGAAGACCUUAGUCCUGGGUGUCCUUAUCAGUUCAGAGUCAGUGCCAGUAACCCCUGGGGAAUCAGCCUCCCCAGCGAGCCCUCAGAGUUCGUGCGACUUCCAGAAUAUGAUGCUGCUGCUGAUGGCGCCACCAUUUCUUGGAAGGAAAAUUUUGACUCAGCUUAUACUGAGCUGAAUGAAAUUGGAAGGGGCCGAUUCUCUAUAGUAAAGAAAUGCAUUCACAAAGCUACCCGCAAAGAUGUGGCUGUGAAAUUCGUUAGCAAGAAAAUGAAGAAGAAAGAGCAGGCUGCCCAUGAGGCCGCCCUGCUUCAGCACCUGCAGCACCCCCAGUACAUCACUCUCCACGACACCUAUGAGUCCCCCACAUCCUACAUACUGAUUUUGGAACUGAUGGACGAUGGCCGGCUCUUAGACUACCUUAUGAAUCACGAUGAGCUGAUGGAGGAGAAAGUAGCUUUCUACAUCCGAGACAUCAUGGAAGCUCUGCAGUACCUUCACAACUGCAGGGUUGCACAUUUGGACAUAAAGCCUGAAAACCUGCUCAUCGACCUGCGGAUUCCAGUGCCUCGAGUGAAGCUCAUUGACUUGGAGGAUGCUGUGCAAAUCUCGGGUCACUUCCACAUCCACCACCUCCUGGGGAACCCCGAGUUUGCUGCCCCAGAAGUGAUCCAAGGCAUCCCCGUCUCCCUGGGCACAGACAUCUGGAGCAUCGGGGUCCUGACGUAUGUCAUGCUGAGCGGGGUCUCCCCCUUCCUGGAUGAGAGCAAGGAGGAGACCUGCAUCAACGUCUGCAGGGUGGACUUCAGCUUUCCCCAUGAAUACUUCUGCGGCGUGAGCAAUGCUGCCAGGGAUUUCAUCAACGUCAUCUUACAGGAGGACUUUCGGAGGCGCCCCACAGCGGCCACUUGCCUACAGCAUCCAUGGCUGCAGCCCCACAAUGGCAGCUACUCCAAGAUCCCCCUGGACACCUCCCGCCUGGCGUGCUUCAUAGAACGCCGCAAGCACCAGAAUGACGUGCGGCCUGUUCCCAACGUCAAGAGCUACAUUGUCAACCGCGCGAACCAGGGGACGUAGCCAUCCCCCGGCCCCCGAGGUUUCACAUAGAAGGGCAGUGUGAACCAAAGCGAGACUGAAUGUGUCUGUAAAUACUUUCGUUCAUUAUUUCACUCCACGUGGGUCUCUGGGUUGAGAAAAUAUAAAGAUGUACCUCUUAAACCUCUUCCGUGGUUAUUCAGGGUCUGAGCAGCAGUAAAACGUCACCCUAGUCCAGGGGCUUUCCAGGAGGUCAUUCUGAAGAAGUAAAGACGCAAAGAGCCGCAGAAAGUAUUGAAAAGAAGGGCAAGGAUCACAAGAAUAUUAGCUGUUGUAAAAUGUUAAUUGUAUGUUCCAAAAUCAGUGGUUAACUGGGAAAACCUUCAGCUGUCUGUAGUGAGUACAAAAGGUUUCCGCCUUAGCUGGAAUUUUAAGCAAAAAGUUCUAUUUAACAGAGAUGUCUCGUGUGUCCACCAUUCCAGUUUAGAUACUUAUAGUUUCUUAACAGGAUACGUAUACGCAUACAGUUUAAUAUAUCCCAUGCAGGUUUCAGAGUUUUAUAAUACAGAGCUAUAUAUUAAAUCAAUCAUAAGUAACUUUGAGUGCUCCAGUUAAGACAGUAAUUUAUUUAUCGAAACAUUAUAUUGUUUUGACUAAGCACAAUUAGAUGACAAAUUUUUUAGAGCAUUUUAUAAAUCUUGUAUAGAAUCUUUUACCAGAACCUGUGCUUUAAGAGACAGCAUUGUUACCUUUGGCAAUCUGAAUGAGAAGAUUUUAUUCUGUCCGUCACAGGUUAUUUGGUUACGAUAGGUUCUGUCUAGGAAACGCUACUCCUAAACGCAGUUCAGAGUUCACCUGGCAAGAAAUCCUGCCAGGAAAUAAGUUCAACUACCGUAGGAGUUGUGGGGCUAUUUUUGUGUCUACACCUGGUUAGAAAUAGGUAAAUGAAUACAACAUUUACCUUUAUACAAAAGGGCAAAUAAAAAACUACAGUUGCUACGAACAAGGUACCAUGACUUUCUGAUUUCUUCUACACCUGUAGAAUACAGUCAGAAAGUUGGCCUGCUUUAUUUCUAACUCCUUAUUGAAGCUAAGGGGUGCUUACCAAAAGGAGGCAGCCAUUUAGGCCUUUUAAAGGCCUGGUCCUAAGUCCUUUUUAAAGCCAUGGAGCAAAACCUGAUACAUGACUCUAACAGAGCAUUGAGUUUUAACUGAGCUUGCAAUACCUAUCACCACUCAGCUGCCGAUAUUUCUCUGGACUAAAAGGACUUUACUGUACUUUGAGGCCGAUGCUGCUUUCUGGUGUAUAUUCUUCACACAAGAUUAUUAUUAAUUGCCAUUUUUCCCUCUGAUGGAAAAGAAAUUAAACCUGGGCAUUUCAUGGUUUUUCUUUUUGUUUGUUUUGGGAGAGAGUUUUUAUUUUGUGUGUUUGUACAUGAUCCAUCCUUUGUUUUUCAGAAUGUGUUUUGAAGAUUGCUAUUAUGCAAAUAAUACUUUAAAAAAUGUAACUCAAGUGUUUGUUGAAAUCAGGUUUAAUGGCAUUGCUUCUCUCCUACCAUGGGAAUGAGAAAAUAAAAUUGCGCCACACAGAAGUGCAAGCAGAGAAUUUAUGAAGGCUAACUAGAACCGCAAACCUAUUUCAAUGAAAAAGCUAUGGUGGAAACUAAGCCUGAACUUUUAUACAUAAAAAACAUUUAUUCUCCCAGUGGAAAUGUAAAGUGAAAAAUACUUAUCGUUCUUUUCCAUUGGUUUUGAAGUCAGCUUCCUCAUCCACCCUCCGCCUCAUCCCGUCCAAGAUUCUAGAUUAAUAAAUGAAUAGGAAGUAUAAGCAAUAAGACUAAAUAGCACUUAGUAUUUUCGGAAUUAACCAAAUAUGUGGAAACUGACUCGGACUGCAUUUGUUUCCUAGUUUCUAAGUGGCCCUGGGUCAUCAAGCCUCACUCUCUUAGAUCUCUCUCUGGACUCAUCUGCCAUAAUCGUCAUUUGAUCCUUUAUGUAUGUACAAAUACUAUGUGAUACAAUAUUUAAAAUUUUUAACAUAUUUACUAAAAACUCUUUUAGUAAACAUGUCCUCACUAUGGUAUACAGCAGGAAGAGGACAGCCUGGUCCAUACGGUUGGUCAUGGGAUAGGCUGCGGGCUCUGGGGAUCCCAGUGACCACAGAUACGGCAAGUGCUGUUCCAUCCACUACUCAUGACUUGAAUCGCGAGCUCUCUGCAGAGUCAUUUUGCAUUUUUAUGAGUUGAGUUUCUGCUCUAGAGGGAUAAGAGAACAGACUGUGGCAGGAGGGCAUGAUUGAAAUUGUGCUGUGGGGAAGGCACGGCCUGACUGGGACAGAAUGUUGGAACUCAAGCCUUUGUGUCCGCUUUUACGUCACAGCUGGAAUGAUCCAGAUGUGGGGCUGCAGGGAAUCCCCGUAAGUACACAUGUUGAGGAAUUGAAAGGACAGGAGAGGAGGGACGUAGAAGAGAAGGAUAAUUUUGUUAACUGGAGCCAAAGUGGGAUCAUUAGAAUAGAAGGAACUUAAUAGAGGCCCUAAGAGAAAGUGAGUGUAUUUUAUAUAGUUUGAUAACUGAAGAAAACUAAUAGGGAGGCUCCCUGUCUGCAAAGCUCCUGGUCCUUUCCAACAGGGAUAAGAUACUGUUCUUGGUCCAAGAAUUCCCCAUGGCAAGUUGGAAAUAACAAGGAAUCCCAGAAGAUGGGGCUGGGAAACAUACUUUAGGUUUCUCUAUGGGCAACGUGUGUGAGGAAAGAGAAGCAUCAGAAACCCUUUGUCCCUGUUUUGGCAGAGAGUACUUGGUAAUAGAGAAGAGGGGAAAAAAGAGAAAAUCGUCGACUUCCACUGUAAUAUGCUAGUUCUUAGUGGAAGUGAACUUCCAGUUAAAUGAAAAAAAAAAAACCAAAACAAAUAAUCGUCAAAGUCACAGGUCUCUUGCUUGGCUUAUAUUCAUUGCAUAGGGUUUGGGUUUGUUUUGCUUUGCUUUGCAAGGGUGGAUGCAGAAAGAAAGAAAAGAUCAGGGACAACCCAUGGUGACUUUUCAGAAGUAUAAUGAUUUCCUGUAUCUCUUACAUUGUUUCAAAUUAAAUAGAUUUACAUAGAGCUAAAUGUGGUAAAAAAUUUUUAGGAUAAAAAAUUGUUGAAGGUGUCCUUCAGGUCUAUCUCAGCCAUGAACGAUUUUAGAGGAAAUAAAGGAAGCAGAGGAGAGAGUUGGCUUCACAGAGCCUUUAUAAACAGUAGUGCCUUUCAGAAGGGUGGGAGAUGACGAAGCCCACUGCAUUUAGGUUCACUGAUCCUGCAGCAUUUUACUUCAUUCCAAAACAUCUUUUAAUGAAAACAUCUGAAGGUAGGGUGGGACCAGGAGUUCUUGAGUUUCAACCUCAGCUGCUCCUGAUUCAUCUUUUCGUACAGAAAGUCUUUGUGCUUUCCUGCCCCAAACGUCCCAUUGGUAAAAAGGGAGUUGUGGGGAGGAGAUAAGGGGAGGACAUUAAUCUCACAGGAAUGCUGAGAAAUGACCUUGGUUGAGACAUUGAUAAAAGACUUUGAUUUUUUAAAGUGCUACACACUGCCAGUGCUAAGAAUUUUAUUGAUAGUAACUUUGAACAUUCCAGAUUUUCAAUAUUUGUAUCUUUCAGAUACCGGUUACAAACUCGUAAGAUUAAAUCCUGUAAAUUGCUUUCAAUUGGAAGUACUAGGUGCUCUUUGUCUAAAUGUUAUUUAGUCUUAGCCUAUCAUUUUGAUCAUUCAAGAGCUUGUCUACAGAAAAGGGUUAGGAAAGCUGAUGUAGUCUGACAUUCAAACUGUUUUCUCCAGUGUUUCUUACGGCAGAUGCAAAGAGCAAGAUGCCCUCCAGUGUGACCGCUACCUUCCCUUCUCAAGCUUUGUGCUCUGGAAAAACGGACAGAACCACUUUCCUCACUGGGAGGGCAGAAGUGAGAACAAAACACCUCCCCGCGAUGACAAUUCGCUUUUCACAGUCUCAUCUGAAUCUAUCAUAAGAGGCAAAUUAAAUGCACAGAAACGAAUUGGACUGUUAGUUUUUGGAGGGAAAACCUUGAAUUUUUUUUUAAGAUAGUAAAGUCUUUUGAGAGUAGCAUAUUUGCUGUUCCAUAACCUCCAUGAUUUAGUACCUAUGAGUUACUCAUUACUGUUUUUUUUUUUUUUUACCUUUAUGGAAGAGCAUGGGAAUUUAGAUUUGUGAGAAUAUGAGGGAGCAAAUAUAAUAUAAACUAAAUGGUGGUUAUUUCUGUGCAUUAACUAGAACUUUGUCCCAUGCAUUUGAUAGAGGAGGAAGCAUUUUGAAUAUAAGGGGUUUCUGUAAUAGAGGGAAAGUGCAAACUCACCAUUUCCUUAUUCUGGGUGGCUGGUGAAUUGUACUGAAUGCGUUUUAAGGAAUGUAGACCUUAUUUCCUUCUCUCCAGGGUACCAUGUCUGUUGAGUCUGGGUUAGGCAAACACAGUCUAUGAGCGUUCAGUGGAUUUAUUUGUAAAACUGCAUCAGGAUUUUUCUUCGCUGCUUAAAGUCCAGGGAUCAUUUGGGCAUGAAUGAUUAAACCCACGGUGGGCUUAGGGAAGUCAGUGCUCACACAUGCUCCAUCAAGAUAAGGAAGCUACUAUAUUCAUAUUUAUUUUCUAAAACAGAUAAGGCUCUCAGUUGUUUCAUUAAUUCCAGAGGGUUAAAAAGGGAUGAAAUUUGUUCAUAGCACUAAUUAUUUUUAAUAGGAAAUAUCAUUCAUGUGAAGUUUUUUGUUUUGGGGACAGACUCUCUGUUGCCUAGCUGGAGUGCUAUGGCCUCAGCCUAGCUCACAGCAACCUUAAACUCCCGGGUUCAAGAAAUCCUCCUGCCUCAGCCUCCCAAGUAGCUGGGACUACAGGAAACUGCCACAAUAGCCAGUUAAUUUUCUAUUUUCAGUAGUGAUAGGGUCUCACUCUUGCUCAGGUGGGUCUUGAACUCCUGAGCUCAAGCGAUCCUCCCACCUCAACCUCAGAGAGUGCUAGGAUUACUGGUGUGAGCCACCAUGCCCGGCCUCCACAUGAGAAAUUCAUACAACAAUUAUAGAACUCAGAAACAUCAUGGGGCCAUAUUUUCUAUGAAAGGCAUUUCUUCCUCAUUUUUAGUACGUAGACAGGAGAGGGGGGAAAAAGCAAUCACUCUGAAACAAUGUUUCAUUUUUAAGGGACACUACAGAAAGCCUGAAAUACUCAUAGGCUAUUGUGUUUUCCCGUCUGCCUACUUGCUGGGAGACUCUAAAAUGUGGUCAGAUUUAGUUUUUAUUCAAACGAUCGAGAUAAUGAUCUAGUUAGAUAACUUGUUUGAGAUAGUGAGGUAAGCUGAGAAAGGGGGGAGUGGAGGGAAAAGUACAAAUCACAACUCUUGGAAUGCCAGUUCCUGAGUUUUAUUUUAACCAAGCUAAUUUGCUAGCCCAGGCAUAGCCAGCGUAGGAGCUCCAUCAACACGUGGCUUCCAUCAAGAACUGAAUUCAUGUUAGAGUAUCAUGGAGACUGGUACCGUGACCUCAAAGAGUGUGGCUAUGAAUUUGAAGUUAACAUACAUCUUCUCUUACUAACUUAAGCCAUAGUUGUCAUCUCUCUGUUUGAUUUUUUUGACCCUGGUGCUUUUACCUCUGUUUCUGCCAAACUCCAGCCUCCUCUAUGGGGAAAGUGAGUAAAACUAGUAGGACAAAUAUGAAGACUGAAAAAACUAAACAUACUCUUCAGAAUGCGAUCAUAUUCAGAGAACAGUAGUGAUCAAAGUGCAAACUGUUGGAAAAUACAGAUAUAUGUACUUCCGUACAUGUAUAUAGUGUAUAAUAUGUAUGUAUAUGUUACUGCUCAUAUGCAGAAAUCUAUCCAUUUGCAGACAGCCCAGGUGGGUCAAUUUUUCUAUUGGAAAACCAUUUAAGGCCAUUCAAAACUAUUAGGGCUAAUUUGUGGAGAACAAUCUACUCAUUUGGGAACUCAUUUACCAUCUUUUGAAGUUGACAGAGCAAGUGUGAAACCUAAUAGGGCCAUCAUUUAGGUUGUUCUGUUUACCCAGACUUAGAACUAUCUUUAUAUUUGAAUUAUUAAUAGUUGGUUUGCCAACUAUAUUGGCAUCUCUUGGUUUUGAGUGACCCCUGCCCCCUUCAAGUCUUUUGAGAAGUUGGGGUGGGCUUCUCUGGCCAUGCAGAUAAAGGGCCUUAUCCAUAAGUGGACAGGUUUCCCCAUAGGGACCAUGACACAUAUACAUAUAAAUACAUACUUCCAUCAGGCUUGUAACAGUUGAUUUAAAAUCACUCCACAGUAUUGAUAAAUAGCUCUAUAUUUUCAAGGUGCAGAAGAAUUCCACAGCCUUAAUUAUUUCAGUGUCUUGCUGGUCUGCCUUAAGUGUAUCUUCUGGGUUUUUGGUUGUUGUAUUAUUUUUAAAUUUUUCUGCAGUUGUUCAUUUUGUAUGCACACAAUGUCGUUUUGUAAAGGUAGGUUGUAAAUAUUUUAUUUGUAAGUCAAAAUCACUCACAUGUAAUGUUGUAAAGUGAUGACCUGCUGUCUUGUUAUUACUUCAGUAAAUGUUAUAAGUUAUGGAUGAAACUUCAAAAUGUACAUCUCACAUGUUAUGCAUUCCUAUAAAUAUACUAUAUUAAAGAUACUA